GCGCGCGAGUAGGCGGGCCCUGUGGUGUAAACAGGAAGCGGUGCCUGACAGACUGAACUCGGCCCCCCCCGAACACAGCGGCCCGUUAAAGGGCCAGUGAGGAUGUCGGCAGUUUGCUCGUGGAUGCACUGGUGCUGCUGGGAAUCGAAACUUAACCGGGAGUUGAAGUCAAGAGGCGGAGAGCCUCGACGGGUCUCUCCCUCCUCGGCCCCAGAAAACUGCUCCGUGUCACCGCCAUCGGGCGCUGGACGACUUCAAAACUUCUGUUUGGUUCAAUGAACUCUUCUCUUCUACCGAUAACGAGGAUGGACGCUGGCAGACAGAAACGCAAGCAGGAGAUCCGGGACUCCCUGAAGUUCAUACAGUCUUCGCUGGCUUAUCCAGAGCCUGAGGGCUACCAGGACUUCCUUACCCGGUUAGUCUGCAACCUGCUGGAUGAGGGCAACAUGUCGUUCAGAGACCGUGACUGGAAUCAGGCGCUGAGAGACUUCAGUGAAGGCUUGAACGUCUCGAGCUACGCUGCGGCGGAGGAGAUCCAGAUCCCCGACGCUCUGCUGGAGAGCCUGUACGUCAACCGGGCAGCCGCCUUCCACAGCGUGGGGGAGUACGAGCGAGGCGUGAUGGACUGCGACAUGGCUCUGACAGUGUGCAAGGAGAGCCGCAGGGCGCUGUACAGGAAGGCGCUGUGCUUGAAGGAGCUCGGGAAGUACAAGGAGGCCUACAACUGCACCACCAGCUGCAUGCUCGAUACUCGCCUGGACAAACGGGUGAAUGAGCUGGCACUGGAGCUGGCCAUCCACCUGGGACUGAAAAAUCGGAAACCAUAUGUUGGCAUAAAGGAAGAAGGACUUUUCAGGACAGAUGUUGUGAAUGGAAACAUGACUGAAGCUAUCAAAGUGUCUGGUGCCCAUGUAGGAAACGGCGUGAAUCCUCUGAGUGGCGUUGCACCAGUUAGUUUUCCCAGCAUGCCUCAGUGCUCCAUUCCCUCCCCAGCUCCCUGCUCCCACCAACCCAACGUCUCUUCAGCACCCGGCGCGGCGGACAGUGUGGAGGACUCCGAGCUGAUGGGAGAUGAUUUGGACAGCCUGCUCGACUGCUUCCCCAACGGCACCGAGCCACCUGAGACCCCCUUCCAGGCAGCGCUCUCAGUCCCACACAGGACCUCCACCUGCGAACGCACCGUCCCUUCUGUGCUGCCCGCCCCGACACCCCAGCUGCCCCCGGCCUUCUUCAGCUCAGCCGUCAGCCACCUCAACUCGCUGGAUUUCUUUUCAAGCGACGGCUGCGGCGCUACGACUGGAACCCUGGAUGCCCUGGACGACCUCUUGACCCCUGGCCUUGGAGGUGGCGCACGUGCUGCAAACUUGCCGCCGAAAGCCGAGGCUCUGGAUGUUCUGGACGGCCUCGAUUCCCUGGAUGACUUCCUGGAUACGAUUCCAGCAGGAAGUGAGGCAAAACCGGAACUUGGAAACGUGGAAAAGUCCCUUGAUGAUUUGCUGGAUGAACUCAAUCCUCUGGAGAGCGGCUGUGGUCCGCGAGGUGAAGUCCACCAAACUGGUGUGAAAGCCUUGAACGCGCUUGACUCCCUUGAUGCCCUGGACUCGUUUCCCUCAGCAGAAGGUGUUGGGGCAGUGUUCUCCGUGGGGGGGGCAGGCCUCGACGCGCUUUCUGAUUUCGGCUCAACCGCGAUCACGGACUCUCCGACUGCUGCAGCUCAAGUGAUGCGAUCUCCAAAGAAUAACUACAAGGAGAAGCACAACCCAGCGCUGGUUGCGACCUCUAACCCGCUGUCCUCCACUCAUGAGUUCCUGCAGGCCUGCUCGGCCUGUUUCCCUCGGCUAGGUCAAGGCAUAAACACAUUUGUCCACAAGCCCAACCUGGUGCACAGCUGUAGGAGGGACAUCCUGUUAUGUAGGCUCACGCAGGGUUCUCCUUCGGGUUGGACCAGAGUACGGCCGAUUCCCAACUGGAGCUCCUUCACUGGGCCGUUCGUACUUUGCAGAGAACUGAUAAAUUCUGGGGAUUUGGGCCUGUGCAAGUAUGGAGAGAAUUGCACGUUUGCCUACAACCAGCUGGAGAUCGACGUUUGGACGGAGGAGCGGAAGGGACGGCUGGACAGAAACCUGCUGUUUGACACGUCGGGUUUAAAACUGGACCCCGUAAAAGCAGUCAUUCGCCUUCUGCAUGAAGACAAGGGCAUGUUCAUGUUCCUCUGUCAGGAAUGCUAUGACCGUAAACCUAGAAUCAUCAGUAAGCGCUGUCGGGACGAUCACACCAUCUGCUCCAACCUGGAUGCUCGCCACACCUUCGAUGCCAAUAAGUGCUUGGCGUUUGUGGUGCGGACCCAAAGCGUGAGCUACAAAAAGGUGCGACCGCUGAGUGUCCUGUGCCACUUGGAUUUGUGCCGCCAAGCCAUCCGGUACGGCUGCAAGAGAGAGGACGACUGCUAUUACGCUCACUCCGUCAUAGAGCUCAAAACCUGGAGGGUGCAGCGCAACACCGGUAUCAGCCCUGAUGAAAUUGUGAAAAUAUCGACCAAAUAUAACGAGGAACGGGAGCAAAACUCAAGCAAACAUAAAGGAAAUAGACUGCUGUCUGCUGGAGGUGAUUGGAGCAAACCAAGGGAUGGAGCAGCUGGGAAGAGUCUCAACAUGAAGAUGAAGUUUGCCUGUGCUCAGUGCUUGCGCGACGGCCUGAUCAGUGAACCGAACAAAGCCCUGAAGCACUGCACUGCAAAGGCCCGGCACACAUGGACUAAAGAGCGAUGGGUCCUGCUGGUCAAGUCCGUGGAGAGAAGUAAAUGGGUUCAGGUGCGACCGCUGCCGCAUGCCAAGAACUACCCCGUGCAGUAUGAUAUAUGCACCCAGAUGUUAAAGAAAAAGAAAUGUAACUACUCGGGGAACUGCACCUUUGCUCACAGCCAAGAGGAGAAGGAGAUGUGGAUGUAUAUGAAGAACAACAACUUGUUCGAAAUGCAGCAGAUGUAUGACAUGUGGCUGUCAUUAACCGCCCAAAUCCGGCAAGCGGAUGGAGCCAUCCCCACCCAGCCGGUCCCAGAAGAUAAAUAUAUUGCCAUGCCGACGGACUUUGCUGAGCCAAUGAACGGCUUUCACUGUCGCCUGUGCGGCAGGCACAGUAACAGUGAGCGGCAGUGGCAGCGGCACAUCUCCACUGAGAAGCACAAGGACCGGGUGUUCAGCUGUGAGGGCGAGGACGAGGCCCUGACGUGGAGCCACCGUUUCCCCGGGCCGUGCCUCGAUCUCUGCCCGAAGUUUGAUGGCGGCUGCCCUGACGGUGUGGGCUGUGACUACGCCCACAGCUUGGAGGAGCUGCAGGAGUGGAUCGAGAGACGAGAUUUCCUGAGGCAGAAGCUGGCCAAAGCCAGGGAAGACAUGCUCAUCAUGCCUGAUGAGUUUGACUUUGGAAAGUUCAACUUUUUACUUCGGGAUUGAGAAUUAUUUUCUAUUUUAUAAUUUUUUUUACUUUUCAGCCAUUAACUGCCAAAUUUAGCAUUUUAGUUAAUUAAGAGACAAAAUGAAAGGUCAUUAAAGUAGCAGUGUGCCUUCCAAAAUGAUGACUUGAUAUAAUUCAUGAAGCACACGCCAUUUACGCCUUAAUCUAAAUGUUUUAACUUCCUGUUACUGUAGGGAACAUUUUCACUUUUUGCUCAUCAAAUGAAAUGUACAGCAGAUACAAAGAGACACCUCAUCACUGACCGUUCAGCAACUGUUCAUAUUUAACCACAUGGAGCCGUUUCAAUGUUGUUAAAUUGUUCUGUUAUUUUUUCUUCAUUUUGUGUUGUUUUAAUAGGGACUUUAAUUAGCAUGUUUUUAAUUGCAAAGUUCCCUUGGAGAAGAUUUAAGGCCCGACUAGUCAUCAUACAUACAUCGUACAUGUAUAUUUUAAUUUCCUGUUACUGUACGGAACAUUUUAAGAGCCACUUUUUGCUUGUCUAUUCUGCUAAAACCUCAGGCAAAAAUGUACAGCAGACGACACACUUGUCAUCACUAAAUAUUCAUUAAAGGCUUGUAUCUAACCACACAUCGCGGCCAUUUAAAUGUUGAUCAAUAGUUGUGUUCUCUACCCUUCUUUUGCAUGUUAUAUUGGCAUGUCUUUAAUUCCAAAGUUCACUUUGAGAGGAUGUGAAAGGCCUUGUCUUGGCAUUACUCGCCACAAAUGUAUAUUUAAUAAAAAAUGGUCAAGUUCA